GCUGAGCCGUUGAAAACAAACACCACCAUCACAGCCAUCAUGGCUUUCCCAAUUCCCCUCAUGGUCUGUCUCCUGUGCCUGCUCGGCCUGACCGCCGCCGCAUCCUCCAGCCUCCGAUCCUGUCUCCUCUCGGCGGUCGACAACGACGCCACGCUCGCCGCCUUCAAAGGCGACCUGCUCUAUCAGACCCUCGCCGUCAAGGCGUACAACCUCAAUUACCCAGUCACCCCGGCGGCCGUCACUUUCCCGACCAGCAGCGCCCAGGUGUCGGAGAUCGUGCAGUGCGCCAGCACCCUAGGAUACAAGGUGCAGGCCAAGAGCGGCGGUCACAGCUAUGCAAACUACGGACUCGGCGGCACCAACGGGGCGGUGGUGGUCGACCUGCAGCACAUGAAAUUCUUCACCUACAAUCCCACAACACAGCAAGCGACCGUAGGCGCAGGGAUGCUCAACGGGGAGCUGGACACGCACCUAGUGGCAGCAGGCAACCGGGCGGUGUCACACGGGACAUCGCCACAGAUCGGGAUCGGGGGACACGCGACGAUCGGGGGGCUGGGGCCGACGGCGCGACAAUGGGGGAUGGAGCUGGACCACGUGGUGGAGGCGGAGGUGGUGCUUGCGAACGGGAGCGUGGUGCGGGCGACGGCGACGGAGAACGCGGAUCUGCUGUUCGCGAUCAAGGGCGCGGGCGCGAGUUUCGGCGUGGUGACCGAGUUCGUGCUGCGCACUGAGGCGGCCCCCGCCGAGGCCGUGCAGUAUACGUACACGUUUGACCUGCUGGGCAGCGCGGCGGAGCGCGCGGACCUGUUCGCGCAGUGGCAGGGCUUCAUCACUGAGAAGGACCUGUCGCGUAAGCUGGCUAGCAUCAUCACGAUCUUGUCGGGCUCGGUGGUCAUCUCCGGCACCUUCUUCGGGUCCAAGGCGGAGUUCGAGGCCCUCGGGCUCGCGGAUCGGUUUCCCGGCGCGACGCCGGGGAAUAGCUCUGCGCUCGUGUUUACGGAUUGGCUUGGCCUGGCGGCGCAUUGGGCUGAGCAGAGUAUUCUUGAUCUCACGGGUGAUAUUCCCGCGCAUUUCUAUGCUAGGUGUCUCGGGUUCAGGGAGGAUACGCCGAUUUCGGCUGACGGCGUGCAGCAGCUGUUCGAGUAUCUCGACACGGCGCACACGGGCGCGUUGCUCUGGUUCGUGAUCUUCGAUCUCGAGGGCGGCGCGAUUAAUGAUGUGCCCAUGGGCGAGACGGGGUUCGCGCACCGCGAUGUCCUGUUCUGGAUGCAGUCGUACGCUGUCACGCUCGGCCAGGUCGGUCAGACCACGUAUGACUUCCUGGAUGGGAUCAACGAGGUGAUCCGGAAUAACACCCCGGGGCUCGGCGACGCCGUCUACCCCGGUUAUGUCGAUCCGCGGCUCGAGGACCCACGUCACUCAUACUGGGGGGAUAAUCUGGCGCGGCUGCAGCGUAUCAAGACGGCGGUGGAUCCGGAUGAUGUCUUUCAUAAUCCGCAGGGCGUGCUGCCUGCGUAGAUGGGAGCACGUCGUCUACAUGUGGUAUUUGAAUGGUGCAUACUGUGAACUCACUGGUCUACUCUCAUGCAAAGAU